AUGACGACGCGAACUGCUGGCAAGGUCAAGCUCUUCUCGGAUGGCCAUGGCUUGGCCUCGCCUGGGAGAUGGCCGCCGCACGCCCGGCCGUGUGCGGACCUGGAUCCAGGGCUCUCCCUUCAUAAAUCCUUGAUGGACAAACUUUUGAGCUUCGUCACUGCUAACAUCGAUUACAAGACAGUGGUUUGUUUCUUGGCAACUGGCAAGUGCGUUUCUUCACCUUUCUCGGAGGACCUGCUGAAGCGGGCCAGGCAUCUGGUCUUCGGAGUCCUGCGAGAUCAAGGCUCCACUGCACCGCUGGAACUGGUUCCGGAGCGACAACCCUUUUACUUGCAUGCAAUCUCGGAGCUGCUUCGGAUGGCGGACGGUCCAGACUGGAGACAGUACACUGAAUCAAAACAUUCUUUCGCUAAUGGGGUGCCGCUGGGAGUGGAUCGCCACCGGGACUUCACGGUCGAGCAACAGUUCGAGAAAGAGAUCGCCCUGGGUGCAAUGGUAAAAAUGGAUCUGCGUGAGGCUCAGGAGCUCUUUGGGGAUCGGCUGUCCAUUGCGACCUUGCACUCGUUGCCAUAUGCUACCUUCAGCUUGAGCGGUGACAUUUCCAGGGCACAUCGCUUAUCCAAGGCUUGGGUAGGCUAUUGCCAUGGCAAGGACGAGACGAGUCUCUUGUCAUACGUGGAUGACCUGUUAUGGAUCACCCAGUCUUCCGAUGGGCUGUUGAGAAUCCUGGCAUCCAUACUUCUUCUGUCUGUGCUAGGA